GCGAGCGAGCGACGUACAAGGAAGGAAGGGAAAGAAAAGGAAGGAAAGGAAGGAAAGUAGGAGAGUGAGAGGAGGCGUCACUACCACCACCACCAUCACCACCACCAGCAGCAGCACCAACAGGGAGGAAUGGCGACUCGUAUCCACGUGCCCGGCUCUCCCACGGUGCCCCGGCUGCCCGUGUUCGUGCACGAAGACGACCUGCAGGCGGGCGCCCUGCAGCUGCUCAAGCACGUGAGGCCCGAGUGGAAAGCGGCGGACGUGAACAUGAAGCUGUUCACGGAUGGCAUCACGAACAAGCUGGUGGGCUGCUCGCGAGGGGACAGCCGGGAGGACGUGGUGCUGAUCCGCGUGUACGGCAACAUGACCGAGCUGUUUGUCGACAGGGACAACGAGCUGAAGAGCUUUCAAGUGCUGCAGGCCUACGGCUGCGCACCCAGCCUCUACUGCACCUUCCUCAACGGCCUCUGCUACGAGUUCAUGCACGGCCACGUUCUCGACACGGCGCUCGUUCGACAGCCGGACAUCUUCAGGUGACUUGCGCGGAGUAA